AUGGAUUUUGGUAAAUCGUUGUUAGUUUUGACUAUUUGUUUAGCCAUGAUUUUAGAAAUUGCUUCUGCGAUAUAUCUAAUGGACAUGAAAAGCAAAAACCAACUUCAUUUCAGUCGUCGUAGACGCUCAUACAGGAUACAACUAAUUGAAAAUAACAAUUUUUAUGUAACACCAAUACCUCUAUUUAAAAUAAUUGGAGCAACAAAUUGUUCCGAUCUUUGUAUCGUUUUCAAAAACAACAAAAAUUUUAAAUAUGAGAUAAAAAACUGUAUAUUUUAUGCCUCACAAUCGUUCGAUUACGAGAAACCAAAUGAUCGAAAAUAUGUAUUUAAAAUUAUAACACUUUCUUUAGAAGAAAUGCCCACCGUGGUUCAUUUGAGUAUUAAAAAUAUCGACGAUGAAGGUCCAGUUAUAGAUUAUCCUCACUGCUAUUUUAAAGAAAACACCAUGUACACAAGGAUUAAUAGUACCUGUCAUUUCAAAGUAUCAGAUCCUGAUGGAUUUAUAAAAUUUAUGGACUUACGUAUACAUGGAACGGCAAAUGAAGAAAAUUUGUUUGAUCUUAAUAUGUUGUCUCCAAAUAUUCGUGAAUCGGAUACAGAAGCAAACGUUACAUUGUCCACUACAAGACCAUUGGAUUAUGAAAAGAAUAAUACAUAUGUUUUCUUCGUUUCAGCGACAGACAGUGCUGGAAAUACUGCAAGUAGAAUUGCUAAUAUUGUAGUUACAAAUGGUUUAGAUCAUACUUAA